CGUCACUGGCUGCUUAUUAGAAAAGCUACAGGACAAUGCAUACCACCGGCUGCCGACAGUAAACAUCAGGGGUAUGUGCUCACUUAGCAUGGGCUUCUGGGAGGAGCUACGGAAGGGAAGGGCGGUCUGGAGUCUUGUUGAAUAGAGCAGUGUGCACCGCUGCCUGCCUGCCCUCCUGCUGUGCGCCUGCGGAAAGAAACCGGUCCUGCUUUCCCCCGCAGUCCCCAGGAAGAAGUUUCAGCCUGAGAGGUAUCCUUACAUCAUUUCCAGACCAUCCAGUCAAAAUCCACAGGAACUGGUGAUCACCCAGAAGGCUCAGAAGGCAUCUGAUUGCAUCCCUACCCAGACAUCAUCUGGUCUCCUAACCCUGAAACCACAACAUGGAUGAUUUUGAACGUCGCAGGGAACUCAGGAGGCAAAAGCGAGAAGAGAUGCGUCUGGAAGCAGAAAGAAUCGCCUACCAGAGGAAUGACGAUGAUGAGGAAGAAGCCGCCAGGGAAAGGCGCCGCCGAGCCCGGCAGGAAAGGCUGCGGCAGAAGCAAGAAGAAGAAUCCUUGGGGCAGGUGACGGAGCAAGUGGAGGUGAACGCCCAGAACAGUGUGGCCAACGAGGAGGUCAAGUCCACCACCGCCAACACCCUGGCGGAGGGCGACGAAGAGGCGGCCUUGCAGGAGCGCCUGGCGCGGCGGGAGGAAAGACGCCAGAAACGCCUUCAGGAAGCCCUGGAGCGCCAGAAGGAGUUCGACCCCACCAUUACAGAUGCGAGCUUGUCCCUGCCGAGCAGAAGAACGCAAAACAACACUGCAGAAAAUGAAACUGCCGAGAAGGAGGAAAAGAGGAACAGUUGCCAGGAAAGAUUCGAGAUAGAGGAAACAGAGAUCAUCACCAAGUCCUACCAGAAGAAUGAGUGGAGGGAUGGCGAGGCGGAAAAGAAAGAAGAAAAAGAAGAGGAGGAAGAGAAGCCCAAGCAGAGGCGCCCUGCGGAAAACCAGGUAGAGGCCGUGGGAGAAGAGAAAACAGACUCCCAAGAGGAAAGAGCGGUAAUGUUGAAAAACGGGCAGAUCGGUGCCGCCGAAGAGCCGAGAACAGAGGAGGAGCAGGGGCGGGACUCAGAGGAGAUGAUCACUAAUGACAAGGAGGAGGAGGAAGAAAGGGAACGAGCUGAGGCAGAGAGGGUCAGGCUGGAAGCAGAAGAAAGAGAAAGAGUAAGAGCUGAGCAAGACCGAAAGCUAGCAGAGGAGAAAGCAAGAGUAGAAGCCGAAGAGAAAGCGGCUGCCCAGGAGAGAGAAAGGAGGGAGGCAGAGGAGAGGGGCAGGAUUGAGGAGGAGAGAAGGGCAGCCGAGGUCAGGGAGAGGGCCAAGGCGGAGGAAGAAGAGAAAGCUAAGCUAGAAGAGCAAAGGCGUCAAAAGGAGCUAGAGGAGAGCAGAAGUGAAGUGCAAGAGAGAAAGCUAAAUGGGGAAAAGGUGGAUGAGAAAAUAGAAGGGAGAUGGGGAAAUGAAAACAAAGUCCCAGAAGACAAACUGCAGGCAGCUGGCCAAAAGAAACAGGAAGAAGAAAAAAGGGCUAACGUGCAAGCUAAGAGAGAAAUGUCCCAAGAAGAUAAGCCUGCCUGCAAAGACAAUGAGAUCAAAGAUGAGAAAAUGAAAAAGGACAAAGAGCCCAAAGAAGAAGUUAAGAGCUUUGUGGAUGGAAAGAAGGGAUUUACAGAAAUGAAGCCUCAGAAUGGAGAAUUCAUGACUCACAAACUUAAACAUACGGAGAAUACUUUCAGCCGCUCUGGAGGAAAGGUGAAUGAGGCCAAGGAGGCCGAGGAAGCUGGCAAACGGCUGGAGGAGCUGCGCCGCCGCCGCGGGGAAACCGAGAGUGAAGAGUUUGAAAAACUGAAACAGAAGCAGCAGGAGGCCGCCUUGGAGCUGGAGGAGCUGAAGAAGAAGAGGGAGGAGCGAAGGAAGGUCUUAGAGGAGGAGGAACAGAAGAGGAAGCAGGAGGAAGCGGAGCGAAAAGUCCGAGAGGAGGAAGAGAAAAGAAGGCUAAAGGAAGAGAUUGAAAGGCGAAGAGCAGAAGCUGCAGAGAAACGCCAGAAGAUGCCAGAAGAUAGCUUAUCGGAUGACAAGAAACCAUUCAAGUGUUUCACUCCUAAAGGUUCAUCUCUCAAGAUUGAAGAGCGAGCAGAAUUUUUGAAUAAGUCUGUACAGAAAAGCAGUGGUAUCAAAUCAACUCACCAAGCAGGAGUGGUGUCCAAGAUUGACAGCCGACUGGAGCAGUACACCAGUGCAAUUGAGGUGAGAGAAGGCCUCGGAGUGAUGGGUCCAUUUCCCAUCACUCGAGCUCUCAGCGGGCUUUCUAGCACCUAUACAAUGGAAACGGCUGGCUUAAAGGUGGGGGUUUCCAGCCGCAUCAAUGAAUGGCUAACCAAAACACCAGACGGAAACAAGUCCCCUGCUCCCAAACCUUCUGAUUUGAGGCCAGGAGAUGUGUCUGGCAAGCGAAACCUCUGGGAAAAGCAAUCUGUGGAUAAGGUCACUUCCCCCACUAAGCAGGUUUGAGACAGUUCCAGAAAGAACCCAAAGUAGCACUCAAGAUGCUGGACCAGCUCAGUUGAAGAGGGUUAAUUUGCUCUGUUUUAUAUUUAUGUUGAUUUACUAAAUUGGGUUUACUUCCUUUUAAUUUUCAUUAUCCCAGUAAACCCAUGUAUAUUAUCACUAUAUUUAAUAGUCACAGUCUAGAGAUGUUCAUGGUAAAAGUACCGCCUUUGCACAGGGGCCUGUUUCUAAAGAAAACCAUGCUGUGAAAGACUUUUCUACUGAUCAUUGUCACUCUGUGUCUGAACAGUGACAUCCAACACAUCAAAAGUCAGCAAAAGGAGGUUCAAGUUGAAAUUUGCCUAAGGAAUUGUGUGCAGUACCUGGAAAAAUGAGCUGCAGUGGUUUUUUGCUUUACAUACAGAAGUCAUGUUGUUUCUGCACUUUAGAAUAAAGCAUGGAAGACAUUA